AUGAAGGGAAUUAUGGAUUGGGUUUUCCCUCAGCUGUUGGUCAAAUCUCUGGCCUCGUUAUCACCUGGUGGCUUCAGUGGCCCGCCUCCAGUGGAUCAACGUGCUGAUGACAUAGAUUUAACCACCAAUUCGGAGGCAUUGCCACUGCAUUCAGGGGCGCCUUGUUCCAUUGAGAGUAGACGGGAGAGUGGAACUGAUACCACUACUCCCCAGCAAGUAGUCGAAGCAGCUUCCCAGCCAUGCAAUCACUAUGUUGAGGGAAGAAAGACGGAUCCUUUGGCAAGGAUUGAAGAUCUCAAAAUCAAGCUCUUUCGUCUGCUUCAACGGUUCAGUUUGUCCUCAGACAAUCUCCUCGUGGCGAAGGUUUUAUACAGGAUACACAUUGCAACUUCGAUUCGAGCUGAGCCACCAGACAGAGUGAGAAAUGCUAGAGCCAAAGCAAUAGCAGCAGCUCAAGAGUCUUCCGGCUCACCUGAACUGGACUUCUCCUUGAGAAUACUUGUACUUGGGAAAACAGGAGUUGGGAAGAGUGCGACCAUAAACUCAUUACUGGAUGAAAGAAAGACAAUCACUAGUGCAUUUCAACCGGCCACUGACCGUAUACAAGAGAUUAGUGGCUCUCUCAAUGGGGUUAGAGUAACUUUCAUAGAUACACCUGGUUUCUCUCCAUCAUCGACCAGCAGUGUUAGAAGAAAUCGAAAGAUCAUGCUCUCUGUCAAAAGAUUCAUCAGGAGAUCCCCUCCAGACAUUGUUUUAUUCGUCGAGCGCCUCGACCUCAUCAACAUGGGUUCUUGCGACUUCCCACUGCUGAAGCUAAUGACGGACGUUUUCGGGAAUGCUAUUUGGUUCAACACCUUGAUUGUAAUGACUCAUGCUUCCUCUUCCCUUCCAGAAGGAACUGGUGGAUAUCCUGUCAGCUAUGAAUCAUAUGUGAAUCGGUGCUCUGAGUUGAUGCAACACUACAUCCACGAAGCAGUUCUUGACUCGAAACUCGAGAACCCUGUGAUUCUUGUGGAGAAUCAUCCUCAGUGCGUGAAGAAUACCCGUGGUGAUGCUAUUCUUCCGAAUGGUCAGGUCUGGAGAUCUCAUUUUAUGCUAUUGUGCAUUUGCAGUAAAGUUCUUAGUGUUGCGAGCAACAUAUUGCGACUCGAGAAGAGCAUUGACUUGGGGGCAAAGACUAAACCGCGGGUGCCUUCUCUUCCCCAUUUGCUCUCAUCGUUUGUCAAGUAUAGAUCUAUUUCAAAUCCUACUCAAGAUGGUGGUCAUGAUUUCUACGAUGAGAUUCUACUAUCAGAUGAAGAAGGAGAAGAUGAAUACGACCAACUACCUCCGAUCCGUAUCCUGUCAAAAUCCCAGUUCUCAAAAUUGAGCAAGUCUCAUAAACAUGAUUAUCUUGAUGAGCUAGAUUACCGGGAGACACUUUACUUGAAGAAACAGUUGAAAGAAGAGUGUAGAAGACGAAGGGAGAAGCAGCUUGUGGGAGAAGUAAGUCAUGAAGAGGGUGAUGAAUCUGCCACCUUGCCGGAGGCAGUCCUCUUACCAGACAUGGUGGUUCCUCUGAGUUUCGACUCGGACUGUCACGUGCAUCGAUAUCGCUGCCUUGUCACAAAUGAACAAUUUAUUCCAAGGCCAGUACUUGAUCCUCAAGGAUGGGAUCAUGAUGUUGGGUUUGACGGUAUAAACUUGGAGACUUCUGUGGAAAUGAGGAAGAACCUCCAUGCCUCAGUUUCCGGGCAGAUGAGCAAGGAUAAACAAAACUUCAAUAUUCAGUCGGAGUGUACUACUGCAUAUUCUGAUCCUCGGGGGUCCUCAUACUCUGUAGGUCUGAAUGUUCAAUCUGCUGGAAAAGACAUGUUUUACACUGUUCACGGCAACACAAGAAUGAAGAAUUUCAAGCACAAUGUUAUGGACUGUGGGGUUUCAUUGACAUCGUUUGGCAAGAAGUAUUAUGUAGGUGGCAAGGUUGAAGAUUCGGUGUUGGUUGGUAAGAGGUGGAAGUUUUUGGUCAAUGCAGCACAAAUGAGAGGUGCUGGACAAGUUGCCUAUGGUGGGAGGUUCGAAGCCACUGUGCUAGGGACUGAUUACCCAGCUAGGAACGAUUGUUUGAGUGUCUUCCUGUCCCCUCUGUCAUUUGAGAAGGAUACAGUAUUGAGUGGUGGAGUGCAGUCAGAGUUUCAGGCAAUGCGUGGUACUAGAGUGGGUGUUAAUGUUAAUCUGAAUUCACUGAAGAUGGGGCAAGUUGGUGUCAAGAUCAGUAGUUCCGAGCACUUGGAGAUUGCUCUCAUCGCAGCUUUCACGAUAUUCAGGGCCGUAUUCUCUAAGAGAGUAGGUGAGCAUAGCCAGGAAGAGUUGGAGACGGGAUAAGAGCUGAGUUUCCCUUUCGGUUGUUGAAUUAGGUAUCUGAUAUCUCCAGAGCUUUUCCUUUUCCUGGUCAUUCCUCUUACCUCAACUCCGAGGGGGAAAAAGUUUUGUGCUUUUGUAAUGAGAUUUCACGUUGCUUCAGCGUGCUUCGAGCUUCCAGCGAUGUCUGAUGGCUGCUAGGCAAAAUGGAAUCAAUAAAUUGAGGUGGCAUGUACAUCGAGCUUCUGUAACUGUACUUAGAUUUGUUUUUUUUUGUUGUUGGUCAAUCUGCUGCAUAAAAGGCAGAAGACAGUGCCGACAGAGAGAGGUAUGCUUCUUUAGUGGCCUUUAUAUGCUCUUCUAUGAAGCUUCAGUUUUGGUCUAUCACUGCCACUUGAUAACUCUACUAUCUUCGAUUGCAUUCAAGGAAUUAAGCACAUCAGAGUUCCAAAUC